AUGGGCAGAUGCUGCAAAUGCAACGGGAGACUGCUGUGCAUGUGCCUGCUGCCUUGCAUGAUGACCGGCCACCUCCUGAUUUAUGUCAUGGUGACCAUAUUCGUCACCAUCACCUACGCUCCUCCUAAAAUAAGCGUUCACUACGUCGCCCCGGGCAUUUCUGCCAACUCCUCCGCUCUGGCCUCUCACCCGCUCGGCCCCUUCUGGAACCUCCGCCUGGAGGACAGCGCUCUGUGGAACCAGUUGCAGCACGUUUGGGAUCGUCAGCACAAUCCUCUGCUGCGAGGAAACGCCACCGGGGCGAAGCCGAGAGCGAAGGUUUUAUCAGAAGUUGAGGAGGAGUGCCUCUCCGACUGCCUGUCGCACAAGUGCUCGGUCCCUCGUGCUAAUUUAGACAGCCUGUCAGACAAAAUGAGGGCUUUUAUCAGGUCCAUGCACUGCAGGAAGUACCCCCUUCUUAUUAAUCAGCCGGGCAUAUGUAGGAAGACCAACAGCAGCUUUGGUCUGGGUUCCCCCAUGCUCAUCAUGGGCGUCAAAUCCCAAGUGGGGAACUUUGAAAACAGGCAGGCCAUCCGAGAAACGUGGGGACGCAGCGGCAGGGUGAAGAUGGACUCGAACAAGAGAGGCGGAUUUGUGCGCACGGUGUUUCUGCUUGGACGGCAGGACUCGAGCACAGGCCCCCACCCAAACCUCACCAACCUGCUGGAUCUCGAGAACCAGAAAUAUGGGGACAUCCUGCAGUGGGAUUUCAGAGACACCUUCUUCAACCUGACACUGAAGGAUUCUCUGUUUUGGCACUGGCUCCAGCGGCACUGCCCCACGGCCAUGUUUGUGUUCAAAGGUGACGACGAUGUCUUUGUGCGGACAGGCGCCCUGCUGGACUACCUGCACCAAAAGUGGGAGGAGCACGACCGGUGGACGGCCUAUACAAAUGACAGCAACUUGGAUUUGUUCAUGGGGGAUGUCAUCUACAACGCAAUGCCAAACCGUGAACCCUCCACUAAAUACUACAUACCAGAACGCUUCUACAAAGGCGGGUACCCUCCGUACGCAGGUGGAGGAGGGGUGGUGUACUCUCGCUCGCUUGCAAUGCGACUGAAAGAAGUGUCGGAGAGGGUGCGCCUCUUCCCCAUAGACGAUGUUUACCUGGGAAUGUGCCUGCACAGACUCGGGCUCAUUCCCGCCCAUCACCCGGGCUUUUUGACAUUUGACCUCCCGGAACCGGAGAGGGGCAACCCGUGCUCCUACAGGUCUGUGCUGCUGGUUCACAGGCGCAGUCCCAAGGAGAUGCUGACGCUGUGGAACCAGCUGCAGAAUCUCCCCGGUCAGUGCUGA